GUAUGUUUUAUUAAGUCUAUAAUAUUUAAAAAUGUAUAAUCGAUUUUAUUUAAAUUUUGUUACUUUUGUAACUAAAUUUUAUUCUAAUGUUUCUAUUCAAAAUGUACAUAAAAUCACAAUUUCACAAUUUAGAAUUCCUAUGCAAAUAUAUGUACGGCAUUAUUGUAAAGAAAACCCAAAUAAGAUAAUAUUUGAACAUUAUAACAAAUUAAAUGAAGAAGAAUUAAAAACACUUCUAGAAGAUCCAAAAUAUAAAGCUAUUUACGAUAGAUAUAAUUUAGAAUUAGAAUACAUAAAGUAUAAUACAGGAAAAGUACCUAAAACAUUAACACCAUCUAACUGGUUAUAUUUACUAAAAUCAUCAGCAAAAGGACAAAGAAGAUCUUAUAUAGAAUUUCUUUGGAAAUUAGAACAAAAAGAAAAACAUCGACUAGAAAAGAAGUUAUUAAAAAAAGAGAAAGAAAUAGAAAUUAAGAAGAAUAAUCAAUAUUCAAUAGGCAAUUCAUUAUUUUUCCGCAUACGUGACAAAACAAUAAAUGAAUAUUACAAUAGCAGGCUGAUAAGUGCUAUGUUACAUGAACCAAUAAUAAUAUAUGAUCUUGGAUAUGAUGAAUAUAUGGAACCAUUUGAACGAGAAAAUUGUGCAAAACAAUUAUUAUUAUCUUUUUCAACCAAUCGAAUACAUGAGGAACCUUUUAAUCUUUAUUUUUGUAAUGUGCGCAAAGAUAGUUCUGUUAUGCAAAAAUUACAUAAAACAAUACCACAGUUAUAUGAACCACAUUUUCCAUUAAAUAUUACUUCAAAAUCCUAUUUAGAAAUAUUUGAUAAAAACAAAUUAGUGUAUCUUACUCCUAAUGCUGAAACAACUCUAAAAAAAUUUGAUCCUAAUCUAAUAUAUAUAAUUGGUGCAAUAGUAGAUAAGAAAGAAUCUAAACCAUAUUCAUUUCAAAAAGCUAAUAAAGAAGGUAUUAAAAUGAUGAAGUUACCUUUGAGUGAGAUGUUAGAAUGGGGAACAUCAUCUUCAAAAAAUCUUCCUAUCAAUCAAAUUAUUUCUAUUUUAUUAGAAUUAAAACGAACUAAGAAUUGGAAUAUGGCAUUACGUAGUAUACCUAAACGGAAAUUAAAAGAAGCAAGAAUGGAGCAACAAAAAAGAAGAGAAAGAAUGAUAUUAAAAUAUUUUAAUACAUAAGGAUUCUAGAAUUUAUAAUAAUGUUUGCUAUAAAUUAAAAUUAAAUAUAAUUAAUAUUAAAU